AUGAACAAUGAUGCAAGACAACUCGAUUCAGAAAAACCAACGGACCAUCAAAGCACCCGCAUCGCACCGCCAUCGAUGACAAUUUCACUCGAAAAUGGGCUUUUUGGAAGCAGGAAAAGACUUUCGUUUGAGAUCUGCGAAGACCCGCAGACAGUGAAACGGUUUCAGGGCCUGGUGACGCCGCCGGCCUCACCCGAAAAAUGCAUGAAGGUAAAGAACGUUGAAUUGAGUAUUUCCCCAAAGAGACUGAAUUUUGGGGCCAAUUCGGUGUAUUCGAGAACGAAGGCCGUUCUGCAGCGGUGCUCGAAAGUGGAUCUAGACACACAAGCGUGCCUGCCGACCCGCGAUGCACAGUUUGGAAAGAUCUUGGAGUUUUUGAACCGCACACUAAGCUCGGGCCAUGGAGAUUCUCUGUACGUAACUGGCCCGCCGGGGACGGGCAAAACGGCACAGUUGGACCUCAUUAUGCGCGAGAAAUUCCAAACGUUGAUCUUGGAGCAACCGCAUCUAAAACAAGACACCACCUUACUCAACACUGCCUUCUUUCAAACUGCUAAAACUACAUACCAGCCUGUGGCAAUGGUUUCCAUUAACUGUAUCGCUAUCAGCAAUGCUGAAUCCAUCUUUGCAAAAAUACAUCACUCUUUCGCGAAGCAGCCAAGUCGCGUUGCUCGGACUGCCGAAGAUUUACAAACAUUCAUAAAGUGUCAUCCCGACACUACUUUUAUUGUCAUUCUAGAUGAAAUGGACAAAUUAGUCACCUCCAGUCUGCAAGAUACCAAUGCAACACGACACAUUUUCGAUCUUUUUUUGAUGGCCAAAAUGCCUCAACUUCGGUUUGUUUUGAUAGGAAUCGCUAAUAGUUUGGACAUGAAAGACAGGUUUUUGACACGACUAAACUUGAGACAGGAACUGUUGCCGGACACCGUUUCUUUCGCGCCAUAUACUGCCGAGCAAAUGUUCGAAAUUGUCAUGGGGAGACUUCAAACCUUGCAUAUGGAUCCUGUCAUUCAACCUAUCGCAAUCAGGUUUGCCGCCAAAAAGUGUUCUGGAAACACUGGCGAUCUUAGGAAAUUGUUUGACAUUUUGAGAUCUAGCGUGGAGGUAGUGGAACUGGAGAAUAUCAAGAACAGAAGGCUUGCGAGUGGCCCAAUUUGUAAAGUCACUUUGGCUCAUGUAGCAAAGGUAUUCUCAACACUGCAUAAUAACUUUUCGACAAAGUCUCGAAUCUCAAAAUUGAACAUGCAACAGCGAUUGGUAUUAUGUUCUCUAGUACACAGAGAGAAAUCCGACAUCUUUCAAACCCAGGCUUCCUUAGAUGAAUCAUAUGAAUAUUACUCAAGAUUAUUACACCAGAGAGACACUAUCUCACCGCUGGAACGGAACGAAUUCUUUGAGGUGUGUAACGCCUUGGAAACUUGUGGCGUUGUAAACAUAGUUCAGGGCAAGUCCUCUGGAAGAACCAAACACAUUGUGAAAUUCAUCAAAGCCAAUGUGGACAAGAAGGAGUUUAGUGAUGAAAUCAGCAAACUCGCCUCACUGAAGACAUAUCUAUAA